AUGAAACCACCCAUUCCUCCUUCUCCGCCAAGAGUCUUCACGGCGGGCCAGCCACAGCGGGCCGAUCGCUCUCGCUUUGGCGGGGGCUCGCACGGCGAGCCCACGACCGAUGUCGCGUGUGCGGGUCCUCAACCCAGCGCGCGCGCACACGACGGCUCCCGGUCCAGUACUGGUCGUCUCCCAGACUCGUUCGGGGGAACUCAGGCCACCACGCUCGGCGGUCUGCCCCUCGCUCGUGCAGUCGAAGGCACAGCGGACGGCCGGCGCGGAGGCGGAGCGCACGCCCCUACGCCCUCCAGACAGACGCUGGGGUGGCAAAAGCCGUCGAAUGUCCGUUCGCGAUCGCGACUGAUAAUCCCUCCAUUACCUCACUGGACUGCCCCGCCGCCGCCGUCCGCCUUCUCGCCGCCGUUUGCCCUCCCGCCGCCGCCGUCGCCAUGCGUUUUCCCCCCUGCGCCCCCUCCGAUUCCGCCCCCGCACACGAGGCCCCAAGUCAAGCAUGCGCGUUCUUCGCCUGCUUCAGUCCUUCCGCCGCCAUCCGCUCCGCGGCCGCUGCCCACCCAUCCAGCUGCACCGGCGGCCUCGUAUGCGUCCAGCUGGAGCAGCUCCGAUGGGGGGCCCGGCGUGUCCGUGUGUGGCACUCCGCUCACGCCCCCCGAGGCCGUUUCUCGCGCCCUCAAGCCCGCGCGCGCCGCCGGGAGGCCGUCGCGCCCGCGUCCUCUCCCUCCGCCCGGCCCCAUCCGCCCCGUCGUCGGGAUUCUGGCGCACUUCGCUCCUCCCCGGUGGGACCUCCGUGAUCGCCUCAACGACGCCUUCCCGUCCGAAGACCGCUUCCGCAAACUCGCCUUCACGGAUCGGCGCACCGAGUGCACGGUCGUGUUUAAUGCCGACUCACUGGAUCUGCGGUUCGUCGUGGCCUGCAAAGCGCCUCGGGCCGGUUAUCCCCUCACCGUCGCGGACGUCCUGCGCGACAUCGACAAGAAGAUGCAGCGGACACCUGCCUGGGCCAACCACAAGGACCCGACUGUGGAGCGAGCGUAUCACACUCGUCUGGCCAGAGGCAAGGGAGGGCCAAUCACCUAUGCGGACUUUCUGAAGCCGGGUCGGGCUUUCUUCCUAGGGCUUUUUGAGACCUUCGUGCCGGGAGAGUUCGUUGCUGUGCUAGGAGACCGCCAUGGGCAGCUCUAG